AUGGAGAAUUUCACGGCGCUGUUCGGAGCUCAGGCUGACCCACCUCCGCCCCCAACCGCACUCGGCUUCGGACCAGGAAAGCCUCCACCCCCGCCUCCUCCUCCUCCAGGUGGGGGGCCCGGCACGGCUCCGCCCCCCACCGCGGCCACGGCCCCUCCUGGUGCCGACAAGUCAGCAGCUGGUUGCGGUCCUUUCUACCUAAUGCGGGAACUGCCAGGCAGUACGGAGCUGACAGGCAGCACCAACCUGAUCACACACUACAACCUGGAACAUGCCUAUAAUAAAUUCUGUGGGAAGAAAGUGAAAGAGAAGCUGAGUAACUUCCUGCCUGACCUACCCGGAAUGAUUGAUCUGCCAGGUUCCCAUGAUAACAGCAGCCUCCGCUCCCUCAUUGAGAAGCCCCCUAUUCUUGGUGGCUCUUUCAAUCCUAUCACAGGAACUAUGCUGGCUGGAUUCCGCCUCCACACUGGCCCGUUGCCAGAGCAAUGUCGUCUGAUGCACAUUCAGCCCCCCAAGAAGAAGAAUAAGCACAAGCACAAACAGAGCCGUACCCAGGAUCCUGUCCCCCCAGAAACGCCAUCUGAUUCAGAUCACAAGAAAAAGAAAAAGAAAAAAGAAGAGGAUCCUGAACGGAAAAGGAAGAAGAAAGAGAAGAAGAAAAAGAAGAACCGACACAGUCCAGACCACCCAGGUAUGGGCAGUUCUCAGGCCAGCAGCAGCAGCAGCCUCCGCUAA